CCAAAACAGAGCUUUGGCAAAUAUAAAACAUUUCAAUUUUUUUUUUUCUGUUGGUUUUUUCAGUUUCAUUCCUACAGUCUACUUUAAUUCCGCCUCCCCUUUUUUAUUUUUUUCUCUCCUUUCCAGAAUACCCAAUUUUGUUUCAUUCUUGUUUCCCUACUAGGAUUUAUCGGCUAAAUUUAUCAGAAGUCCUCCCUUUCUAUCUCUUUGAGUUCACACGCUUUCCUGGCUCGUCUCUUUCAGCCUUUUCCUUCUCUAUAUAUUUGCCACCCACUACCCUCUCUUCUCCCUAUCUCUUCUCUUAUCUUCAUAAAUUCUUAAUCAUCUCUUAGUUUUUCCUUAAUACCUAAAUAGCGAAGCAAAGACAUGGCUAAACUUGCCACCCUUUUCAUCCUAACCCUCCUCCUCGUUUCCACUCUAUCCUUUGCCGCCCGCUCUGGCCCAGCUUUCCCUAACGAGUCUACUGCAAAAACCCAAGCUGAGGGCGUUGAGACAGAGAAUACUGAGGCGGUUGAAGAUAGCUGUGAAGGAGUUGGAGAAGAAGAGUGUUUGAUGAGAAGAACUCUUGCUGCUCAUAUUGACUAUAUCUAUACUCAGAAGCAGAAGCCAUGAGGCUUUUUCUCUCUUUGUUUUAACUAUGAAUUUAUUAUGCUUGUUAAUUAUCUUAUAAUAACAUAAUUAAUCAGGUUUUUGCACCUUUCUUGUGUUUGUUUCUUCCUUGAUUACAUACUGGGGUGUGCCAUCAGAAGUAUAUUUCUUCCAUUGUGAUUAAGUCUUGGAAAUAUAGUUUGAAUUUGUUAUA